UGCUAGGUAACUGAUUGGUGCCGGAGAGCUUUUUUUGAAAAGUCUCUUUUUUCCAGAGACCAAAAAAAAACAUGAAAAACUUUCCUUCUCCAAAAAACUAAUUUACAGCCCCAUCGAUAAAUACGUCAUUCUAGCCCAGACUUUCUCAUUGGUCGCUCAGCUUGUAUUGGUGGCGCUGACACAAAGUGAUAGAGCUGUGAAAACAGAGCAUCGCGUUGUGUAGAGGUCACCUAUUGUCUGGUGCAUAUCGACUGCUAUGGAGGCGCUUUUGAUCGGCGUGGUAUGUGCGCUCCUGUCCUGCUCUGUCAAAGGUGACGACUGGUGGGGGGAGUAUCAGGAGGGGAUACGACAGUACAGUGAUGAGGACCUCAAUAAGAUGUUUCUAGAGAAAACUCGACCCCUGCACUUCAAACAUCCUCCGUUCCAGUGUCCUGACAUGACCCCGUCUCCUACUGUCCCCUCUUCAGUUGAAUUUGUGAAGGCAGCGGAUAUAAAAGUCAUCGCCGCCUUGGGAGACUCAAUGACUACAGCUGUAGGUGCCAAUGCCUCCUCUGUGAAGGCACUCCCAGAAGAGUUUCGCCAUGUGUCGUGGAGUAUUGGAGGCUACGGCACUUUUCAAGAUGUCAUAACUCUGGCGAACAUCAUCAAAUUAUUCAACCCCACUCUGAUCGGUGCUUCUCUUGGAAAGACUACCUAUGGGAUUGAGUCUCCUUUUAAUGAAACCGGCUUUAAUCUGGCCGUGACCGGACAUAACACCUUCCAACUCCCAAAUCAGACAAGAAAAUUAAUUGACACUCUGAGACAACAUAAGGGUCUUAACUUUGCUGAAGACUGGAAGCUUCUGACCAUUCUCAUAGGCAUGAAUGACAUUUGUGAUUACUGUAAAGAUAAGUCUCAGUUUUCAGUGGAUAACUUCAUUCGCUACCUGACCCUCUCUCUAGAGAUGCUUAAGAAGGAGGUUCCUCGUAUGAUCGUCAAUGUGGUGCAGAUUUUGCGAAUAAGUUUUCUGAGGGAAGUGAAGAAGCCUACCGAGGGGUGUAAUCUACAGGAGGCCUUCUGCGGAUGCCUGAUCAAGCCAGGGCCCAACUCUCCUGAACUUAAGGAGCUGAUUGAGGUCAAUCUGAAGUUUCAGAAGAGUCUCGAGAAGCUGUUUUACAGCAAUCGCUUCUUCAAGAAGGACUUUGCUGUAGUCCUGCAGCCCUUCACCAGAGACGCUGAUGCCCCGCGCCUCCCGAACGGGACGAUUGAUAUGACCUUCUUCGCUCCCGACUGCUUCCACAUCACCAUAAAGGGACACGAGGAGCUGGCUAAAGGCCUCUGGAACAACAUGUUUCAGCCUGGGAACAGGAAAACGAUUGUGAGCAAACUUUCUGAACCCCUCAAGCUCAUCUGUCCACCACAGGAUCACCCGUACAUCUUCACCCAGCCGGUUGCAGCCAAGUCGAGUCCGUCUCUUCUUCGUUCCAAGUCCACAUCGCCGGCAGCCGUCGUCCUGAUCCUCCUGGUCCUCCUGCUGUGUGUGGCUUAAACACAUCUCAGGUUUCCUGUUCUGGUCGAACCGCUACUACAAGAUUAAAGGCUGAAAUCAUU